AUGGAUUCGAGAACAGCAUUCCGCAGUGCUCUGCUACUGCUGGUGACACUGCUGCCUCUUUCAGCUAACGCGUCGAGCAAACUCUACAUCGUGUAUAUGGGGGAGAAGAAGCAUGAUGACCCGUCUGUGGUUACCGCGUCUCACCAUGACAUGCUAACCUCUGUUUUUGGGAGCAAGGAUGAAGCCUUGAGGUCAAUAGUUUAUAGUUACAAGCAUGGAUUUUCUGGUUUCGCGGCGAUGCUCACCGAGUCUCAGGCUGAGACAAUCGCAAAAUUCCCUGAAGUUGUCACCGUCAAGCCUAACAUUUUUCAUGAAACGCACACAACUCGGAGUUGGGACUUUCUUGGCCUUGACCAUAACCAACAACCAGCACAACAACCGGGACUACUAAAAGAAGCAAAGUACGGUGAAGAUGUCAUCGUGGGUGUGAUCGAUACAGGCAUAUGGCCUGAAUCACGAAGUUUUGAUGACAAUGGGUAUGGCCCUGUGCCGGCACGGUGGAAAGGGAAAUGCCAGACUGGUCAGGAUUUCAACGCCACAAGUUGCAACAGAAAGAUCAUUGGUGCGCGCUGGUAUGGUCUCGGCAUCAGUGACGGGGUGCUAAACAACAACUACAAGUCCCCUAGGGACAUUGACGGCCAUGGCACGCAUGUCGCCUCGACCGUCGCCGGCGGGGAAGUGCAGGGCGUGAGCUACGGAGGCCUAGGCAUGGGCGUGGCACGCGGCGGGGCGCCACGUGCGCGGCUCAGUAUCUACAAGGUUUGUUGGUUGGGUGGGAAUUGCCCUGAAGCAGCGAUCCUCGCGGCUAUCGAUGACGCCAUAUAUGACGGUGUUGACGUCUUGUCACUCUCGCUUGGAGGGGCUGGUCACGAGUUACCCGGGACGCUACAUGCUGUGCAAAGAGGGAUUUCUGUCGUGUUUUCCGGAAUGAAUGAUGGCCCUGUGCCGCAAACAGUGUCCAAUACCCUUCCAUGGGUUACCACGGUGGCCGCUAGCACGAUUGACCGGUCUUUCCCGACCUUGAUAUCGCUCGGAAACAAAGAAAAGCUGGUGGGGCAAUCUCUUCACUACAAUGCAUCUCUAAUCAGCGACGACUUUAAAGGCCUUGUUUAUGCCGGGAGCUGUGACACCGAAUCAUCACUGACAUUGAGCAACGUCACUGGUAAAAUCGUCCUGUGCUAUCAACCGGCAGCAGCGAAUAGCAUGCCGCCUCCACAAGCACUUCCCAUAGCCAUCAAUCUCACCAUCAUGGCUGGCGCCAAGGGUCUCAUAUUUGCACAGUACACUACUAACCUCCUCGACUUCCUGCCUUUGUGUAAGGGCGUUAUGCCCUGUGUAGUGGUGGAUUUUGAGAUCGCACACCGAAUUGUCUCCUAUUGGAGGUCAGACAAAGGGAAUGCGGUGGUGAAAGUGUCACCCGCAAUGACCGUUGUCGGGAAAGGGGUGUUGUCACCGAGGGUCGCCUCAUUCUCGUCAAGAGGUCCAAGCAUGUUGUUCCCUAGCAUACUCAAGCCCGACAUUGCUGCACCUGGCGUUAGCAUCUUGGCAGCGGAGCGCAACUCCUACGUGUUCAAAUCCGGGACAUCCAUGGCGUGCCCGCAUGUCUCCGCUGUGACCGCACUGCUCAAGUCGGUUCACCCUGGCUGGUCACCUGCCAUGAUUAAGUCUGCCAUGGUCACCACAGCAUCUGUGACUGAUCGUUUUGGCAUGCCAAUCCAAGCAGAAGCGGUCCCAAGGAAACUAGCCGACCCCUUCGACUUUGGUGGUGGACACAUUGACCCAGAUAGAGCCAUUGACCCUGGCUUGGUUUAUGACAUGGAUUCAAGGGUGUACAACAAGUUUUUCAACUGCACUCUUGGAUAUUUAGAUGGCUGUGAGUCCUACUACCUCAAUCUCAACCUCCCGUCAAUUGCCGUGCCGGACCUCAAGGACCGUGUCAUGCUUCGGCGCACUGUGACUAAUGUUGGGCCAGCGGAAGCAACAUAUCAUUUAGUGGUUGAAGCUCCAGCAGGGAUAGAUGUGUUCGUGGAACCAUCUGUGAUUAGUUUCACCAAAGGAAGCAGUAGAAGCGCAACAUUUAUGGUGACAUUCACAACAAGGCAGAGAGUGCAAGGAGGAUACACUUUCGGGAGCUUGACAUGGUCAGACGGAAGUACCCACUCAGUGAGAAUUCCUGUUGCUGUACGGACUGUGGUACAAGACUUCGUUGCGGAUACCGCUUAA